AUGGCGGCAACGGACGCUGCAAGGACAGCUGACCGAGGACCAGGAGGGAGUGCCCCAUUCAGCGUGAAUACUCACAGUUUGAUGCCGGGAUUCAACGAAAGCCGGGACGACUUGGAUGCCUAUUUAAAAAGGUUCGAGAGCGUCGCCACCGGACAAGAAUGGCCUAGAGACAAAUGGGCCACGGCUCUAAGUUUAUGCUUGAGCGGAGAAGCUCUGAAAGUCUUUGGACGUCUGUCUCCAGAAGACUCCCUCGACUACGAUAAAGCCAAGUUGGCGUUGCUCCAGCGUUUUCGGUUUACGGCGGAAGGCUACCGGGAGAAGUUCCGACAGAGCAAACCCCAAGAUGGCGAAACUGGAAAGCAGUACGCAACUAGGCUACUGAGUUUCUUUGAUCGGUGGGUGGAAAUGUCCAAAACCGAAAAAGAGUAUUUGGCACUUCGCAACCUAGUGGUGACGGAACAGUUUCUGAACAACUGUCAUCAUCGAUUAGGACUCUUCCUGCGCGAGAAGAGCUACCGCCAGCUAGAUGACAUGGCCGAAGCUGCCGAUAAUUUCCUAGAGGCUCAGAGACAGCCCAAUUUGUUAGUCUUCCGGCAGAAAUCGGAAGGCAGUAACCCCACGGAGAAAACCGGAAGCCCAUCUGAGAGAGUUCCAAUGCGAUGCUUCGUAUGUGGAAAACUGGGUCACGGGGCAUCAGACUGCCGAUCCAAGCAGAGGCAACCGUACUGCGGGUAUCGCCGUAAGCCCGGGCAUGAUGUCAAAGCCUGCACCAAGAAAAAUGAUCCACCUAGGACGUCUUGCCUAUUGUCGCCAGAAGAGCGCCUGGAAGAGUCAAACGCAGUAGUCGUUGAACAAGACGUAGUUAGCACGGUGAAGACUCCCACGAGGAAUGUGGCACGCAAGAUGCCAGUGCUAAAGGGCUUCGUCUUCGGACAGACCGCGUCAGUCUUGCGAGAUACGGGAAGCAACACGCCGGUUGUGCGUCGUUCCCUCGUACCAGACAAGGCUCUGACAGGUACCACCGCUAAGCUGGUCCUGGCGGAUGGCAGCAGCAUCGAAAUUCCGGAGGCCAAGGUUGAAAUUAAUUCACCUUAUUUUUCUGGUACAGCGAUUGUAAAGUGUAUGACAGCUCCUCUAUACGAUGUCAUUAUCGGAAAUGUACCAGGCUCACGAGAACCUCACGAUCCAGAUAAAAGCUGGACAAAGAGACUGAAGAAGCCCAUCGAAGAUGGUAUAGUAAGUGGGGAAAGAACGAAGGGAGAAGACCAUUCCCCGGAUGCUUUGCUGGUCGGCAUCAAGGGCCGAGACCAACAGCCGAAAACAUCCACUAUCAAUAUCAGCGCCUUGAAAAUAACCAGGCAGGACCUUACCACGGCCCAGAACGAAGAUAAGACCUUAAAGUCUUGCAGGAACAAAGUGGGUCAAGUGUUCCAGGGCAAACGAUUGGCAUCCUACUCAUUCGAAGUAGUAAAGGGAGUGCUAUAUCGUUGUUGCCGGCUGUCCUCGGGCAAAACGAUCCAACAAGUGGUAGUGCCCCGAAAAUUGCGCGGCCAAGUGCUCACUUGGGCGCACGAAAGCCUGGUGGCAGGACACCAAGGAAUCAAGAGAACGAUCGAUCGUGUUCGAGAAUCCUUCUACUGGGCAGGAGUCCAAGAAGCAGUGAGAAGAUACGUACGCUGUUGUGACACUUGCCAGCGAACGUAUCUUAAGAGCAAGAUACGCCAGCUGAAAGUUGGUGACCGUGCCCUUAUUCUGCUUCCAACGACGGCCAACAAACGGUCGAUGCAAUGGAAGGGGCCUUUCUUGGUCACAGGAAAGAAAAGUAACUUUCAUUACUGGCUGGACUUGGGACAUACCACAAAACUGUUCCAUAUUAACAUGCUGAAGCGCUAUGAAGAGCGUGAACCGGGGAGUUCCCCACAGUCAGCAUCAUGCAUCGUGGUGGAGGAGGGCGAGACAGACACCCCUAUACCUACCUUCACAACAAAUGAGGGCCCGGGUACAGAAGCAAUUAAGCUUGGCGAUGACCUUCAAGAAGGUCAACGUGCGAAACGUCGUGGGGCGGACUACAUGAGUAGGAUACAGGGGAAACUACAACCCUACGCCUCUAGAUGUUAUUGUUACCCUGGCAAGGUUAUGUCAUCGUAA